AAGCAUUUCAGCGCAGUACAGGGAAAGGAGUUCGUUUCAUGGAUACAUCCAUGCUUCUUUUCAAAACAUCGGGUAUUAAUUUAAUGAGUAGCUAAAACUAACAACUCUGAAAAUCCAGAGGAAGGAGGAGACGAUAAGUCUUCGCAUCGUAGAAGUGCAGAAUGACCGAGACCACGGAGAAACAGCAGACCUACGAGGAGAUGUUUGCCCACAGGUUUUCCUCGGAGGACCAUGAAUACCAGCAGUAUGUGAACCGGCCAGCAGACCCCCCUCCCAUCGUCGAGGACUGGAGGGGUCGUGGAGGUGGAAACCAGCGAGGCAGGGACAACAGGUACCAGGACCGUCGUGGACAUGGAGGUCGUGGGUGGGGAGGAGGUCGAGGUUGGGGAGGAGACCGGGGUUGGGGAGGAGACCGGGGUUGGAGAGGGGAGCAUCAUGGGCAGCAACAUUGGCAAGACAGAGACAGGCAUUGGGGUCAUGGAAGUGGGCAUCAGUCAGGCUCCAACCAGGGAUACAACUCCCAUCAUCAGAGACCACAUUAUGACCGUUACUGAUCUCUGCUGCAAUCUCUCAGGUGUUUUACAGUAUUUAUAGUAUCUUUAUAACUUGCAUUGCAAUACCAUAUGUGGCAGUGUGCAACAGUUGAUUUUUUUUUUUUAUGACUCAUGGUAACAGUCUCUCAAUAUUCUGAGGGCUGAGCAAAAUAUAAACAGUAGAAAUUUAGUAUACACCAUUGUAAUUGUGUCAACAGUUUUUAAUACUGUGACAGUUUUAUUCCAAAGCACAUAGUCAGUCAGAUUUUCCCAGACUUUUAUAAGUAUUUCAUAAAGGCAGUUCCAGUUUGACUCCUUAUACAGUAGUCCAUUUUGAUGACUAUAAACAAAAAACUUAAAAGGUUAUUUUCCAAACAUAAACAGGGAGCAUGAUAAAUAUUGCUAGCUGAAGAAAAUCUUCUUUUUAUCAGAACAAUUAUUUUGUCCCAAAUUGCUCAGUCCUAUCAUAGUAUUAAAUUGUCUGUUGCAUAUUUGUUUUCCAAUUUUCAUCUUCUAAUGAAAAACUCCGGUUCAAAAGCGAUCAUUAGUUUCAGCAAUACUGGAACUCUUACUGAAAAUUUCCAUUUUAAUAUUUCAGAUAAGCUGGCUGUUUUUAACCACAUUUCAUUAUCACUUUAUAACUGAGGGUUUGUUUUGUGUUACGGUAGUUUUGCCUCUGUCUUUACAGGCUUAGAUAUCAGACUGUUAAUGAAUUCUACAGUACAGUAUUGUUUGGGGAAGUGGAUCUGAAUUACCAGAGAAAAUCUAUUUGUAAUGCAGCUUUAUUUUUCUGUGUCACAAUGAUAUAUGACGAUACAAACUGAACUGUUGUCAAUAAAUGUGUAUUUUCCUAA